CACGAAUGUAAUACUAAACCCUAACUACCUAACCACUUUCGUCUCUUCUUUCUUCUUCAUCGCCGAAUCGUCUGCUUCUUCUUUUAAGGCUCCGUGUUUGUUGUACCCAAUACACUACUGACAAACAUGGCGACCCAACUGAGCAAAAAGCGAAAGUUUGUUGCCGAUGGCGUGUUCUUUGCCGAGUUGAAUGAGGUCCUCACCAGGGAACUUGCAGAGGAUGGAUACUCUGGUGUUGAAGUUAGGGUUACACCCAUGCGCACGGAGAUUAUAAUCAGGGCUACCCGUACCCAGAACGUUCUUGGUGAGAAGGGAAGGAGAAUCAGGGAGCUGACGUCACUUGUUCAGAAGAGAUUUAAGUUCCCAGAAAACAGUGUGGAGCUUUAUGCUGAAAGAGUUAACAACAGAGGUCUUUGUGCUAUUGCUCAGGCUGAGUCGUUGCGUUACAAGCUUCUUGGAGGCCUUGCUGUUCGCAGGGCUUGCUAUGGUGUUCUAAGGUUUGUUAUGGAGAAUGGAGCUAAAGGGUGUGAGGUGAUUGUUAGUGGAAAGCUUAGGGCUCAACGUGCAAAGUCAAUGAAAUUCAAGGAUGGAUACAUGGUAUCAUCUGGUCAGCCAGUCAAGGAGUAUAUCGACUCUGCUGUCAGACAUGUGCUUCUUAGACAGGGUGUUCUUGGUAUCAAGGUUAAGAUCAUGCUUGACUGGGACCCAACUGGCAAGCUUGGGCCCAAGACACCGCUGCCGGACAAUGUUGUAAUUCAUAUGCCUAAGGAUGAUGUGGUCGCACUCCCACCCAAAGAAGUUGAAGAAUACAGGCCACCACUUGUGCUUGGUGAUGAGCCCUUGCCUAUGCCAGUACCAGUCUAAAUCUAUGGUGAUCCAAAGACUUCCUAAGUUUUGGAAGAUAAAUUUUGGAUAUAUUAUUGUUGAAUUUGCUUAGACAACACUUUUGUUUUUUUUGACUGCUGUAAGAGUGUAAGGUUAAUUUUCUUUCUGGAACUAGUUCAAGCAGGUUUUGUUAUAUUGGAGUGAUAUUGUUAGUUUUUUUUAAUUGAGUUUUAAUGGUUAAUUAUAUUGUUAGUUAAA